AAACUUACACGCAAAAAAAAUACUAAAAAAAUAUAAAAGAAAUAACACAUAGACUCAGUUCAUUUCCGGUUACGCAGAGAGUACACCAACUUCCAUCGUCAUCAUCAUCAUCAUCUCCGCCAUGGCUUUGACCAAUGCAUCCAUCGCUCCUUCCUUCUCCGUCAACGCAACCAAGCUUUCCGAUCCGCUCUCCAUUCCUCUUUCCUCUCACACUUUCUUUCCCCUCCGUCCCUCUUCCUCCGCCAAGAACAAGAACAUUGUAUAUGCUUCUUCUUAUGACUUGAAUGCAGUAGAUUCAGCUUCACUGAUAUCCAGUAAAAAUCUGGACAGUGUUCCAAUGCCAAUAGUAUUGAUAGAUCAAGACUCAGAUUCUGAAGCAACAAUUGUGCAACUUAGCUUUGGUGAUCGCCUUGGAGCUCUUCUUGACACGAUGAAAGCAUUAAAAGAUUUGGGAUUGGAUGUUUCGAAGGGAACUGUCUCCACUGAGGGACCAGUGAAGCAAACAAAGUUUUUUAUCACACAAUCAGACACUGGGCGCAAAGUCGAAGAUCCUGAUAUGUUAGAGAGCAUUCGACUUACCAUUAUCAACAAUCUAUUGCAGUACCAUCCUGAGUCCAGUGAACAACUAGCCCUGGGUGAAGUGUUUGGCAUAAAGGCUCCAGAAAAGAAGCUUCAUAUUGAAAUUGCAACUCAUAUUCAAGUUAAGGAAGAUGGGCCCAAGAGGAGCUUGCUGUACAUCGAGACAGCAGAUAGGCCAGGGUUGCUAGUUGAAAUAAUCAAAGUCAUUGCAGAUGUGAACAUUGAUGUUGAGUCGGCCGAGAUCGAUACAGAAGGUUUGAUUGCUAAGGAUAAAUUUCAUGUCAGUUAUGGUGGGGCUGCAUUAAACAGAUCAAUGUCUCAGGUUUUGGUGAACUGUCUGCGUUACUACCUCCGGACGCCAGAAACAGAUAUUGAUAGUUACUGAGGGUACCUCAUUUACAUGUAUAAUAAUCAAAUCAAAAUUCAAAUGUAACUGAUAUUGUACCAAAGUGUCAGCUCCAUAUUAUUAUCACCUGUGAGGCAUACAUCUCACAUUUAAAUCCGACAGCUUUACUGCUACCAGAUUGUGGAAUUAAAAUGUGUUGAAAUGAAUGUAUUCAUCCGUGUUUGAAUUUAUUUAUGGUGGAGAAUAUUAGAAUUA